AUGCCUUUCUACGUCAUGGAGUGGAAGAUGCGCGCCGGCUGUCCGAAGAAGGCUUUCGAGGCCGAGUUCCUCGAGUGGAAUACCACGCCCGUGCUCCCAGACGAAGAGGCGGGUGCGACGGCGGCGAAGGUCUUCCCAGAGUUCGCAAAGUGA